AUGUCUGUUGUAAGCGCAGUGCAGGGCGAGGAGCUUGAGCUGAGUGGACCGCUGGUGGACGUGCGUCCGCAGCCUAGGCCACGUCACGUUACGGUCAGAGCCCCGGAGGAAGAAUUGAGCCUGCUGGAUUCCCUGUGUGUCUCCAGUCCGGAGCAGCCCGAGACGGAUGAGGGACGGCUUCUGCAUGACCUGACGUUGCGCCUUGAACAGCUAGAGACGCGGGUGGAUCACAUCGCCGGCAGUUUUCUCAACCGAGAUGAAACCAUCCAUGAGCUCAUCGAUGCCACGGCCGCCCGAGUUUCCGGUGAGGCGGUUGUGAGGGUGCAGUGUCUGGAGCAGUCCUUCGCGAAGUGUGUGCAGCGCCUGGAAGCCAAUAUGAGGGAGGAGAUCAGGAGGCAGGUGCAGGAUAGCUGGCGUGCCGUCACGCAGCCACUGGGGCAGUCGACUCCUUUAGCGGGAGUGGGGAUCAACUGGGGACAGUCGUCCUUGUCCGUUGCGAUGCCGCGGAUGGAGUUCCCUAAGCUGGCCCCUCAGUGUACACCCACGGGCAUUGUCGACUUUGUAGAGGAGGUCGACUUGUUCGUGGAACUGCAUCCUCUGAGUGGUGCCGAGCUGCGGGGAUUCCUGAACACGGCACUCAGCGGGCCGGCGCGCUCUUGGUGGUUUGCUGAGCGGCACAAGUGUAACACCUGGGCGGAGUUUCGCGCUGCCUUCCUGAAAGCAUUCCUCUCAGAUGAAUACCAGGUGCUGUUGGAAGAAAAGCUCCGGACCUUUGUACAGAAGCCAUCGCAGAGUCUCAGGGACUUUGUCUUUGAGUUCCGUGCGUUGUGCCUUAAGUGGCGAUCUGACAUGCGUGAGGAAGAGAUAUUGCGACGUGUCCUUGACGCUUGUGACCCUCGGGUGGCGGCUACUUUGAGGGGGGUCGUGAAGUCGGUAGAUGAGUUGGUGAAGGUGGGGUCCCGAGUGGAAAAGGACUGGGCGGCUAUCGGGAUUAGUGGGUCUCGAAAGGGUCCCACGUCUCGGGAUGUCCCCUGUCCCAAACCACGAGGGAAAGCCUCAGUGGAUCCCCGUGCCGAUCUCACCCUGGUGCAAGCCACCUUGCCCCUCUUAGUGCUGCCCAUACAAGUGCGAGGUGUCACUGGAGAGGCGGUCGUAGAUACAGGGAGCACUUAUACCCUUAUGAAAUACAGCUUGUGGGAAAAGCUUAAAGUGCCUCAUGAGCAAUUAAGGGGAAGUGCAAAAGUAAAAUUCUUUCUUGCGGAUGGAAGGGCGCACGGGGCCAGGGGCAGGGUUCCUAUGAGGCUCUGCUUACAUGAGACACACUGGGAGACAGAGGUUUACAUCCUGGAAGAUGACCACCUGUCGAUGCCCUUAUUACUGGGAAUGGACUCUCUUGUGUCGGUAGGUCUGACUAUCCAUCUGUCGCGGCUGGAGUAUGAGUUGCCGGGGGGUGAAGUCCAUCGGUUUGGGACGAAGGCUCAAAGCAAUCUGGUUUGGCCUAACUUGUGUUAUUAUCUCGCGCAGUUGGUGGAUGAGCCCAGCCCAGUAGAGAAGGCUAUUCUUGAACAGCCGGAGCUCGUUCAGCCACUGCUUAGGAGGUGGCACUCGGUGUGGACGGACAAAUUGGGUCGGACUGAGGUGGUGUGUCAUCACAUUCACACAGUCGACCCUGUCCCUGUUCGGCACAGAGCCUACAGAGUGUCGCCUCUGAAAAGAGGAAUAAUCAAGGAGUGGGUUGACCAGAUGUUGGCAGAGGGGGUCAUCGAGCCUUCCACCUCGCCAUGGGCUAGCCCCACGGUACUCGUUCAGAAGGCCGACGGGACCUACCGAUUCUGUGUGGACUAUCGGGAGCUGAACAAGAAGACCUUGGAUGACGCUUACCCCAUGCCACUCAUUCAUGACAUCUUGGAGUCUUUGCAUGGGGCAGCAGUGUUCAGCUCCCUUGAUUUGAAGUCAGGGUAUUGGCAGGUGAGGAUGGGGAAGAGUAGCAUGGAAAAGACAGCCGUCAUCACCCCGGAGGGGUUGUUCCAGUUUCGGGUGAUGCCCUUUGGACUGAAAAACGCUGGGGCGUCAUUCCAACGGCUAAUGGAGCAGGUACUCCGGGGACUCAUUGGGAAGACCUGUUUUGUUUAUAUUGAUGACAUCAUUGUAUUCUCCCCAUCUGUCCAACAACAUCUUAAGGACCUCGACCACAUCUUCCAGAAACUGCAUAAGGCUCAUCUCACCCUUAACAUCAAGAAGUGUAGAUUUCAGCAAGACCAUCUGAACUUCCUCGGCCAUGUGGUGUCAGCAGACGGAGUCCGAGUGGACCCGAAGAAAAUUAAGUCCAUCUUGGACUACCCAGCGCCCCAGGAGGUAAAAAGUCUCCAGCGCUUCCUGGGGAUGGCUGGGUGGUUCCACAAAUUUGUGCAUGGUGCCAUGAAGACGCCCAAUGAGGGCAAGAGAGACAGAGAAACUGUGAUGCUUCUGACAUAG